UCGCUUGCCAAAAUCCAGUAUGGCGGAAUCUGUCAGUGGCUGACUUCGUCGCUGGUACUGCUUGCAAGGGGAAUUAAGCGGUUUGGCGUUUUUCAGCACGGAGUGACCGCCACAUAAGGCAGAUACUGUGGUCUCCUCCAACUUCCCAGAUGCUCACAGUUGAAUUGUUUGGCGUGGGCUUUGUGUUUACAACUUAGAACACUGGGAUUGGAGUUGGAAUUGACUCCCAGUAGGAGGAAGGCACAAUGCAUUGGUGACUUGUUUUCUCCUGGCACUCGCCACCUACUCUGGAGCUUACACAGUGGAUGGUUUCUGCCUUUUAUGCAUCCGCGGAGCAGUCAAGCCCUGCGAGCUAAACUUUGAAGAGUGGAACAGCCAGCGUUUGGGAUAACCCUCAAAGAUGAGCUUUCAGAGCCAUCCAGAUGGACUUUCUAACAAAGAGCAGCCCUUAGAACUUUUGAAGCCAUCUCUGGGCAACCACAUCUCAACUUCUGUUGAUGUGAGCACGGCUCUGCCCCUGCAAACCCCCCCACCUGCACUUCCCAUGGACCUACGGGUGGAUCACCAAUUUCCUUUGUCCACCUCAGAAACAAACUUGCGGGAGCAGCAGUUACAGCAGGAGCUCCUGGCUCUGAAACAGAAGCAACAGAUCCAGAGGCAGCUACUAAUUGCUGAGUUUCAGAGGCAACAUGAGCAGUUAUCCCGCCAGCAUGAGGCCCAGCUACAGGAGCACGUCAAGCACCAGCAAGAGUUGCUGGCCCUCAAACAUCAACAGGAGCUGAUUGAACACCAACGCAAACUGGAGAAGCACAGGCAUGAGCAGGAACUGGAAAAACACCAGCGAGAGCAGAAGUUGCAGCUUCUCAAGAACAAGGAAAGGAGCCAAGAAAGUGCUGUGGCCAGUACUGAGGUGAAGAUGAGACUGCAGGAAUUUGUCUUGAAUAAGAAAAAAGCACUUGCUCAGAGAAACCUAAAUCAUUGCAUGCCAAAUGACCCUCGUUACUGGUAUGGGAAAACUCAGCACAGCUCUUUGGAUCAGAGCUCUCCUCCUCAAACUGGAAUCUCAACAGCUUUCAAUCAUCCUGUUUUGGGAAUGUAUGAUGCAAAGGAUGAUUUCCCACUACGAAAAACAGCAUCGGAACCCAACCUAAAGUUGCGUUCCCGGCUUAAACAGAAAGUGACAGAAAGAAGGAGUAGCCCUUUGUUACGAAGAAAAGAUGGACCCAUUAUAACUGCAAAAAAACGACCUUUGGAUGUAGCAGAGUCAGCCUGCAACAGUGCUCCUGGCUCUGGACCAAGUUCUCCCAACAACAGCUCAAACAACAUUACUACAGAAAAUGGAAUUGCAGGAUCUGUCAACAGCAACACGACUGAGCCAACACUGGCACACAGACUUGUCAGCCGUGAAGGAUCAGUGCCACAGCUCUCUCUUUAUACAUCGCCUUCUCUGCCUAACAUCACAUUAGGACUGCCAGCCACAGGACCCUCCAGUGUAAGUGACAAGGUUGCCUCAGGUCAGCAAGAAUCUGACAGACUUACUAUGCCAGCUGUCCAACAGGGCCUUCCUAUAACCACUCCCUUCAUUCCUGGCGCUCAUUUGUCUUCUUAUCUUGGGGCAUCAACAUUGGAGAGGGAAGGAGGAACAACACAUAACCCCCUUUUGCAGCAUGUAGUUCUUUUGGAUCAGUCAGCGCCACAAAGUCCCUUGGUAACAGACUGGUAUGUUUCAGGCUUGGGGACUUUGCCCAUCCACUCACAGUCUCUGGUGGGAGCUGCUGCAGUUGCUGGUGAACGUGUGACGCCCUCCAUACACAAGUUAAGGCAUCGUCCACUGGGUAGAACACAGUCGGCACCCCUACCCCAGAAUGCCCAGGCUCUGCAGCAGUUUGUCAUUCAGCAGCAGCACCAGCAAUUCCUAGAGAAACAUAAGCAGCAGUUCCAACAGCAACAGCUUCAUCUAAACAAGAUGAUUCCAAAGCCAACUGAACCAGGAAGGCAGCCUGAGAGCCACCCUGAAGAAACUGAGGAGGAGUUACGAGAGCAUCAAGCCCUAGUGGAUGAACCAUUUGGAGAAUGUGCUGCUGCAACUGGUCCCAAAGAGGGCAUUAGUCGGCUUGUCCAAGUUAAGCAGGAGCCUCUGGAGAGUGAUGAAGAUGAUACUCAGCAACAACAUGAAGACCUGGAAAUCCGGAAGAGGCAAGCUGAACAAGAGAUUCUCUUCCGGCAGCAAGCCCUGUUACUUGAGCAGCAGCGUAUUCAUCAGUUGAGAAACUACCAAGCAUCAAUGGAGGCUGCUGGGAUACCUGUCACAUUCGGAGGUCACCGGCCUCUCUCCAGAGCCCAGUCCUCUCCUGCUUCUGCAAGUUUUCCUAUCUCAGUACAAGAGCCCCCAUCCAAACCCAGAUUCACUACAGGUCUGGUAUAUGAAACCAUGAUGCUUAAGCAUCAGUGCACUUGUGGAAAUACUAACACUCACCCGGAGCAUGCUGGGAGGAUCCAAAGUAUAUGGUCUCGUCUUCAGGAAACAGGACUUCGUAGUAAAUGUGAGUGCAUCAAAGGAAGAAAAGCAACCCUAGAAGAACUGCAAACAGUCCACUCAGAAUCCCAUGUUUUGUUAUAUGGGACAAAUCCACUCAACAGACAGAAAUUAGACAGUUCCGUAUUGCCAAUGUUUGUGAGGCUUCCUUGCGGCGGAGUUGGAGUUGACAGUGACACUAUUUGGAAUGAGGUACACUCUUCUAGUGCUGCUAGGUAUGCUGUUGGAUCUGUCAUUGAGCUGGUUUUUAAAGUUGCAUCUGGGGAACUGAAGAAUGGCUUUGCUGUGGUACGUCCCCCAGGACAUCAUGCAGAGGAAAACACUCCAAUGGGAUUCUGCUACUUCAAUUCUGUAGCUAUUGCUGCCAAGUUGUUGCAACAAAGGCUUAGUGUUAGCAAGAUCUUAAUAGUUGACUGGGAUGUCCACCACGGUAAUGGAACCCAGCAAGCUUUUUACACUGAUCCCAGCGUGCUAUAUGUGUCCUUGCAUCGAUAUGAUGAUGGCAACUUCUUUCCAGGAAGUGGAGCUCCUGAUGAGGUUGGGAGUGGCCCAGGUGUUGGAUUUAAUGUGAAUAUGGCUUUCACAGGCGGUCUUAACCCUCCAAUGAGUGAUGCUGAAUACUUGGCAGCAUUCAGAACUGUGGUAAUGCCCAUUGCAAAUGAAUUUGCUCCUGAUGUGGUGCUGGUUUCUUCAGGGUUCGAUGCUGUGGAUGGACACCCACCCCCAUUAGGAGGAUACAACGUUACUGCUAAAUGUUUUGGCUACCUGACGAAACAACUAAUGGGACUGGCUGGGGGCCGUGUGGUGCUGGCUUUAGAAGGGGGUCACGACCUCACUGCCAUUUGUGAUGCCUCUGAAGCAUGUGUUUCUGCUUUACUGGGAAACGAGCUUGAUCCUCUACCACAGGAUUUGUUACAGCAAAGACCCAACCUAAAUGCUGUUCAAUCCAUGGAAAAAGUUAUUGAGAUCCAGAGUAAAUACUGGCGAUCAGUCCAGCGCCACUCAUCAACAGUGAGUUACUCAUUGAUUGAAGCUCAGAAAUGUGAGACGGAGGAAGCAGAGACUGUAACUGCCAUGGCUUCCCUAUCAGUAGGAGUCAAAAGUAUGGAAAAGAGGCCAGAAGAUGAACCAAUGGAAGAGGAACCACCACUGUAGAAGCCAACUGGACCAGUCCCUUGACGUCAAUGGUUCAGAGUCCUUCUUGCGUCUCUGACACAAGUCUGCCAGGAAACAACAAUUUAAUUUCCUGUUUCUGCUCACUACGCCAGCAUCCUGUUGUUGUCUUCAUUCAAGGUCUGGCGAUACAAGAAUGAAAGUGAGGAAGAAAAAAAUGAUGUCUGGAAAGCAGAUGAAAAAGUAAAAAAAAAAAAAAUGUGUUCCAUUCAUUCAGAGUUCUGAAAUGAAAGGCAGCCGUAGUGGUUGUUUUUGGCAGAGUACGCAGACAAUUUCAGUCAGAAAUAAAAAUGGUCUAAAUGUGAAAGCUGGUGCUUUAACCUUUUAACUAUGGUUUUUAUGACCUGGAAUGGCCAAUGUUACACAUGGUAGAUUUUUUAAGUGGAUCUUAAUCUAUUUACAAGCAGUUGAUGAUUACAUAUAUUACAAAAAAGACAACUUUGUUCUGAUGAUAAAACAGCAAAAAUAAAACAACAUAAAAUGGUUUCCAGGAGUGAGGACUAUAACUGAAGGUGUGGGCUUCAGGCUCAAAAAAUCUUUGAAGAAUGAGAGUUUGUGCCUUUCUUGACCUGAUGGAUUUCUUGUUGAAUUCAGAAGAACAAUGCCUUAAACAAAUUGCAUAAAAGAACAAUCUCUCCCUUCCCUCCAGAAAAGCCCUCCUUUUGGACACAAGAUUGGAAAUGUUAGAAACCAUGAUGGUGGAAAAGCAAAGGAGGUACAACAUGCUCCACAUGUUUACUGAAGGAGUGGAAUGGACAAUGGCUUGUAUUUAAGAAUUUCUCUGAAAAUUCCUUGUUUUAUUUUUUUUCUUUAUUUUUUUCCCUUUUCUCCAUUUAAAUUGAAGCACUAAAAGCAGUUUGUAAGGUAGUUGCCAGUUAUGGAGGUGGGUAAACAUGGUUGGAACAGCUGAAACAUGUUGGCUCAGUUUUUAACAUUUAGCAUACAUUUUCUUGUGUUGUGUAGCUAACAACACUGACUAGAGAUACAUUUCAGGUUUUUAAAGCAUGUACCUUUUAGUACAACUUGUCAGUUUUUCAAAUCGUAGAAUGUCUUUAAUGGGGGUUGGAAACAUAAUAAUAACACAACUAAAGCAUGAUAUGUUGCUUCCAGCUAAUGACCGUUAAUAAUGUAAGGUAGUCCAAGCAGAGAUCCUUAGCUUUAUGUAUAUUUUAUACAAUCUAACAAUAUAAACCUUAAUGGGUAUUGUGAAAUUGCAAUGUAAAUACAGUAACAUUGCUGACCAAUAUUUAAAAAAAAAAUA